UAUUUCGAGCUCGAAGCAGGGGGCGGCGCUCUCUAAGAAAACCUGGGCCCGGCUUGACUUGGUCCUCAAUCGUAGUACGGCGAAGAGUCGAGAGGCAGUGUCCAUCCGAGGUGGAAGGAGCAGCUAACCAUCCUCUAGUGUUUGCCCGUGUGAAGGCCUAACAUCGCCGCAGACAUGCCGUUCAAGGCCCCAGAGAACCCCAAAUGCCCCAAGUGCGGAAAGUCCGUGUACCACGCCGAAGCUCGGGUGGUUGGCGAUAUUUCCUUCCAUAAGGAAUGUUACAAAUGCAGUAUGUGCAACAAGAUGUUGGACUCCACCAACUCCAACUGUCACGAGAAUGUCCUGUACUGCAAGACCUGCCACGGACGAAAGUUUGGACCCAAGGGAUACGGCUUCGGAGGCGGCGCUGCUGGCCUCAGCAUGGACACUGGCGCACACCUCGAGAAGAGGAACGAAUUGGCGCCUUACAAGCCCCCUAAAGCCAAGGCCGGCGAAGGAUGCCCUCGCUGCGGAGGCAAGGUCUUCGCUGCCGAGGAGAUGCUGGCGAAGGGCAAGAGCUACCACAGGACCUGCUUCAACUGCAAGAACUGCCGUAAGCCUCUCGACUCCGUGGUUCAUUGCGAUGGUCCCGAUAAAGAUGUCUACUGUAAAGUGUGUUACGGCAAAUUGUUCGGUCCGAAAGGGUACGGUUUCGGAGCAGGCGCCGGCACGCUGACCUGCGGCGAAGGCGAAGAGAUCUCCCCCAUCGUGCGUCCCCAUGGCAACCCAGACGCCAUUAUUCCCGCACACGAGGGUGAGACCCCUUGUCCUCGCUGCGGCGGCCGAGUGUUCAUGGCAGAGCUCAUGAUGGCCAAAGGAAGGCCAUUCCACAAGAAGUGCUUCAAGUGCCGCCAGUGCAAGCGCCCCCUGGACUCCAUGGUGCACUGCGACGCCCCCGACGGCGAGAUCUACUGCAAGCUUUGCUACGCCAAGAAGUACGGCCCCAAGGGCUACGGCUUCGCUGCCGGCGGUGGCGGUGUGCUCACUGCCGAGAACAUUCCCGGCGGUGAAUCCAUGCCCGGCGUGAACCCUGGAUCCGCGGUGCUGGACGUGAGCAAGAUCAGGGCCGAGGAUGGCAAGGGCUGCCCUCGCUGCGGCGGCAAGGUCUUCAUGGCUGAGGAGAUCAACGCCCGCGGAAGACCUUUCCACAAGCGCUGCUACAACUGCUGUCUGUGCCACCGCCCUCUGGACUCCAUGACGGGCUGCGACGCCCCCGACGGCGAGGUGUACUGCAAGCUCUGCUACGCCAAGAAGUACGGCCCCAAGGGUUAUGGCUUCGCUGCUGGCGGCGGCGGCGUCCUGGUCGCUGAGAACAUUGCCGGCGGCGAAGAAGACACCAAGAAGAAGCGCGCUGACCUGGGCCGCAUCGACACCUCCAAGAUCAAGGCCGAGGAGGGCAAGGGCUGCCCGCGCUGCGGCGGCAAGGUCUUCAUGGCUGAGGAGGUCCACGUCCGCAACCGCAGCUUCCACAAGCGCUGCUACAACUGCCUCCACUGCCACCGCCCACUCGACUCCGUGGUGGGCUGCGACGCCCCCGACGGCGAGAUCUAUUGCAAGCUGUGCUACGCCAAGAAGUACGGCCCCAAGGGUUAUGGCUUCGCCGCUGGCAGCGGUGGCGUCCUGGUCGCCGAGAACAUCCCCGGCGGCGGGACACAGAUGCCCGGCGUCAACCCCGCCUCGGCUGCCAUCGACACCACCUCCAUCCCCGCGGCGCCCGGCGAAGGCUGCCCUCGCUGCGGCGGCAAGGUCUUCACGGCCGAGGAGAGGCUGUCCCGCGGAAAGAAGUGGCACAAGCGCUGCUACAACUGCCUGGACUGCACCCGCCCCCUGGAUGCCAUGGUGUUCUGCGACGGCCCUGACGGAGAGAUCUACUGCAAGCUUUGCUACGCCAAGAGGUUCGGCCCCAAGGGCUACGGCUUCGCCGCUGGUGCUGGUGGCGUCCUUGUGCCGGAGAACAUUGCCGGCGAAGACGAGAUCUUCGACCCCGAGGCCCCCCCCAUCUCCAGGGCCCCCGCCUUUACGGUGCUCGACGUGACUAAGAUCCCGGCCAAGGAAGGCCAGUCUCGCUGCCCCCGCUGCGGAGGCGCCGUGUUCCAGGCUGAAUCCAUGCCCUGCAGGGGCAAGGAAUGGCACAAACGCUGCUACAACUGCUGCGAGUGCCAUCGCCCUCUGGACUCUAUGCUGUCUUGCGACGCCCCCGACGGCGAGAUCUACUGCAAGCUGUGCUAUGCUAAGCGCCACGGACCUAAGGGUUACGGAUACGGCCAUGUGCCUGCUCUUGUCUCCAUCGGCAGUGAAGAUGGCGUGCCCAUCCCGACCGACAUCAGGCAGUUCGGUUUCGGGGCCAAGGGACCCAAGAACUGGGUGCCCCCGAUCCCUAACGUGAACAACCCCAACCAGCCCCAUGGCCCACCCCCGUCCACCGCUCCCUCCAUCGGGGCACAGGUACAGCAUUCAAAGAUCGAGCCGCCUAAGCCUAUGCCUAUCAGCGCUGGCAUGCCCAUUCCUCGUGGCUUUGACUCGGUUGCACAGCAAGGAAGUCAGCAGGUGACAACCCAGCACGUGACCAUUCAGGGCGGCAGUCAGCAGGAAACGAGCACAAAGAUCAUUACCCAGCAGUCCUCCAGCAGCAGCAGCGUUCAGGAGUUCAGGACUGUAACACGGGUAGAGCGUGUGGAGGAAAGCAGGAGCAGGAGCGCCAGCAGCAGCAGCUCCUCCACUGUAACCCGCAAGGUGGUCCAGGGAGGCUUUGCUCAGGGCGAAGCUGUGCCCAUCGUCGCCGGAAUCCACAUGGAGGGGGGUGAGGCCGUGCCCAUCGUCGCCGGCGUUGUGCCCCAAGGUCCAUCAGAGCUUAUGCCUGACAUUCCCUCAGACAUGAUCUAUCCUGCAGAACCCAGCCAUGACAAUAUGGUUUAUCCUCCAGUUCCAAACCAAGAUGACAUGGUUUACCCUUCCGAGACUAAUGAUACUGAUAUGACUUACCCAGAUGCUAAUAUCCCCCCUGAAAUGCUUGGACAUCAGUCCUCCCUCUCUGCACAGCAACCUGACAUGAGUAUGCAACAGCAGUCUGACAUGUAUGGCCAACAAUAUGCUUUCGCCUCACAACAGUCAAGCAUGUCCUCUCAGCAGCAACAAUCUGUCAUGUCCUCGCACCACCAGUCCGUGUCUUCCAUGUCGGUAAAGAUGCAGCAGAUGCACAUGUCCUCCGAGUUCUCAUCCUCAUCCCAGUUUUCAUCCGAACCUCAACCCAUGCUCGAACCCCCAACCGGCUUUGAACCUGAGCCCGACUUUGAACCACAGCCUGAGUUUGAAGACCUGCACGACCCUGGGGAGGAGGCCAUGCACGAGGCCGCCUAUGAGGAUGACUACCUGCCCUCUGAGGACGCCGCUCUAUCUCCAGGUGAUGUAACAGAAGGCGUGGCCGACAUGUAAAGAGGAAGAUCAAGACGAGAACAUCAUUCAUUGUUGUGAAGCUCAACGAAGCAGUUGGAGGCUUUUCGACGAAGCAUUUCACCACUCUAAAAGGAUUCGAAUCUUCAUUAGAUGAUCUAACUCUCUUUUAAGAGACUUAGAUAUUAAUCUUUCAUGACAUUUAGUCUGCGAAAGAAUUCUUAAAGUCUGUAGCUACUUUGCUCAAAGAUUGGAUUUCUGUAAACUGAUGUAUUUUGAUUUUUAAAUUUGCUUUUAUUGGUGUGAAUAACGCAACUUUGAUGUUUUAUUUCAAAGUUAUUGUGAUGUAAUAAAAAUCAUGAUAUCAGUACUUAGAUUAAGCCCUAUAGACAAGUAUGAAUAUGCUUCCCAAGGAAAUGUUAUCAUUGGAACAACCUCGACAAGAUCGGUAAUAACCUUUUCCAGCAAGCACAGAUCCAUCGUCAUAAAUCACCAUGAAAACAAUCACACUAUAAACACUAAGGUAUUCCCUCUCAACGGAAAGACAACAUUCAUGUAAGUGGCCCUAUUCCGAACCCUGUCACUGAGGGUGGACACUGUACCUCGUAAAUAGGCAGUGCACGCGCGUGUGGCACGGCCUCGUCAGCAGCAACUUGCCCGCAUUGCCGAAGAACCGAGCACGAACGGGUACGGAGGCAAAGAGUUGGAGCCAAAUUAACAGCUGUAACCAACUCGCUGCUGAUUCGUCUUCGCAAGCAGUACUUCACAGUGACCUCUAAAGGCACGGAGGGAUAUCGUAAUGUCGAACGAACGAGCGAACCGCCGGGCGAACCCUGCUCCUGCGGCUGACGUAGGAUCGAAGUGCUGGUUCACGGGUAACCUGCGACCCACUCGGCUCAGGCGCUGGCGUUCGACCCACAGGUUGUUGCCAUGUUUAGGAAUUCCGUAGUUGUAUGAACUCUUCAUGAUUGUCUUCUCGUCCUUCGCCGGGAAAGCUUUUGUCGACGAUUAUGCCGGAUCGAAGGGUUUUUGUUUUUGUUUAUGCCAAAGCAACUCGUAGCCGAAACAUGGCGCCAAACAGAGGAAGGUUGGGAGAUCCGUUGUAGGAUUAGGUUAAAGUGACGAUCCUCCCGGUAUCCGGAGAAAUUACUUUCGCCUAUCAACGUUGUGAAAUCAUUGUACAAUAAUUCAUGCAGGGUACGAUGAAGAUAAUGAUAGUGUUUUGUUUUAUUAUUUUAUCACCAUUGCAGUUGCUUGUAGAUAGGUGUUCAGCUAUCUUCCAAAAAUCUGCAAACAAGCAAGCGUAUACAUUCAUUACUGUCAAUAAGAAAAUUUUAUUUAUUUUUUAGAUAAAUUAGCUGGAAUAGUAAAAUCGGAAUAAAAUUGUAAUUUAAGAUAUUUUAUUUCAUCUUGGUGAAUCACCGAUAUUUUUUCCAUUAUAAUUAGUAUAAACGACAUUUAUUUAUCGUCAUAUCCAACGAAUUCAUACAGAUGUAUGGAGUGAGAAUUUAAACAGAAAUAUGAUAAUGGCAUAUUGUAGUAGAUUAGACUUUUUUUCGGGGGGGAGGGGGUUGAUAAGGAAAGAGUAAGGCCCGCUGUCCGUGCGGGAACGAAACUCUGAUGUUUGUAUCUUAGUUUAGUCCACGAGAGUCUGCUCCCCUUUGGAACCGAGGGGACAAGCGCUUAGAAGGGAAGCAGAUUCUUCCCCAAUCGUUAAUCGUGUUCGAUCCUUCUAUAUAUACACAUACAUAUGCAUAAAUAUAUAUUAACAUUGUAUACAGUCAUUGUUUGCCUUGUACAAGAACCUCACUAUUGUUCGAUUUUCCUUUUCGACUCUUUUUAUGUACUGACGAUGGGUCUUGUAUGAAGCAUCUAUUUUUGAUUACCCGAAGAUGUCCAAAUCUCCAGCGGACCCGCCCGCAGUCUCAUGAUACCUCAUGGCUCGUGAUCGCCUCAUGAUCCUCUCAUUCUUUGUGACAAUUCACUGCCAUAUCCUGCCUUGUCGUAUGCGUAAGCUGUACUUCCUACCAUGAAGUAGCCAGAAAGCGAGCGAGAGAACGAGAGAAAGAGAGUAAGAGAGAAAGAAAGAGAGAGAGAGACAGAGAAGUAAUAAUCAUAAUCCAAUCGAAAAUGCAUGGCCUCUCUUGCGGGCGCUUCCUCGCCCAGCGACCCGCCCGCGUGGCUGUGGCGAGGGGGGCACCCGCAUCUCAGAUCCUCAGCCCUCAUCAGACAUGCCCGCGGGUAUGUCUCAUGCAGCGCUGCCGCUUUGGAGGUCUGGACGUUUUAGGUGUUCAGUGUGAUGGUUAUAUUGAUAAUCAUUCUUGCCAUUAUUAUUCAUGUAAGGUUAUAGAUUUUAUCAAGGUCAACUGGUUAUUUCAGAUUUAAACUUUGAUCCACUUAGUCCAUUGUUACGUCGUGUUUUUUGUGUUAGAUUAGAUUUGUUGCAAAUUCAAAUCUGUUAGCAACGAAACAAGCUUUAUAUGAAGUAUCUCACACUGUGCAUUUGUUUUAAUUAAAUAUUAAAUGUUUU